AUGAUUGUCGCUCACGCUCCAAAAACUUAUUUUGGUUCAGAUAUACAAAAAUCAUUAGGUUCUCUUCCUGGAUUUCCAUGGGCGAAAUAUCCCGAAGAAAAACAUAUCCCCGGUCAUAAUUACACUGGUACAGAUUUAAACUCCACUGAGAGUGUUCCAGAAGAAUUUUAUAAUAAAUUAAUGAAUAUAGUAGAAAUAUUUGUGGGUAAAGAUUGCAUCGAUCAAAUGUUACAACGUUUAGGAAAAAUAGAUCAAAAAAGAAUAACAUUAAUUGCUCAUAACGGUAGCGGUUUUGAUAACUGGAUCAUGAUCAAAAACGUAACACAAUGCCCUUUAAAAACACUCAGAGGAAUUCUGUCUGUACCUUUAACUAAUUCAUUCACCGAUGAAGAUUUACAGAAAAAAUGGAAAAGACAGAAAGAAAUAAAGGGUAACUCUAAUUAUUUGCAAAAUAUUAAUUUCAUAUGUUCCUUUCAACAUGAAACAUCUAGUUUAGCGGCAUGGGGUAAUUCAUCUAAUCUACCAAUGAAUUUGAGAAAGAUCACCGAUAUUAAUAUUGCAAAAUACACCAAAGAUAAUUGGGAAUCUUUAAGACACGAAUGGGAACCUUACACAAAAAGAGACACGUUAUGUCUCGGAGCUUGUUUGAUAAAAUACAAUCAAGCAAUGAAAGAAGUGGUAUUUCAGAAUAUUUCCAAUAAUCUAACGGCUCCUUCUUUAUCUUUAAAGGGUUGGUAUUAUUUAUAUCAUUACGAUAAAGAAAUGCUUGAAGAAGAAUGGUAUGAAAGUACUAGAAUGGUUCCGAAACACACCAAAAAGGAAACGUAG